AUGCCACGCCAACGACGCGGCGACUCGACCGCCUCAAGCACCACCACAUCUGCCAGAGACAUCCCCACACCUGCUACCUCCAAUCAUGUCUCUUCCGGCCAAGAAAUGGCUUCUAUGUACGACUAUCUCGCCAAAAUCAUCCUGCUUGGACCCUCUGGUUGUGGGAAAUCCUGCCUUCUACACCGCUUUGUCAAGAACGAAUGGCGCGUCCUCUCUUCGCAGACUGUAGGCGUCGAAUUUGCGAGUAAGAUUGUCAAGAUUGGGACUGCGGGUCGCAGAAAGAGAAUAAAGCUGCAGCUGUGGGACACGGCAGGUACGGAGAGGUUUCGGAGUGUUAGUCGAAGUUACUACAGAGGUGCUGCUGGUGCGGUGUUGGUUUACGAUGUCUGUGAUCAGAGGAGCUUUGAUGGUCUGGGAGAAUUCCUGAGCGAUGCGAGGAGCUUGGGAAGUAGAGAGUUGAGUGUUGUUUUGGCUGGGAAUAAGAGGGAUCUCGUUAAGGAGGCAACACAAGGAAUGGCUGAAGAGCAACAGACGGGGAAUAAGAGCCCUUCUCUACAACCUGGGAGUCUACUGGACGACGAACUGAGCUCCAGUGUAGGAGGCGGCAGCCUCCAUCGCCAAAGUAUGAUUGGAAUAUCGCUGGGGAGUCAACAGCGGGCUACGAUUAAUCCUGGUGGGAGAGCAGUGAGCGCACCAGAUGCGAGUAAUUGGGCGAGUCAGAAUCGAAUCACGGCUGCGAUGGAGGUCUCUGCCCUCAGCGGCGAGGGCGUGGACGAGAUUUUCAAUAAGUUGGCGAGGACGAUCUUGACAAAGAUAGAAUUGGGAGAGAUCGAUCCCGACGACCCGAUGAGUGGGAUACAAUACGGCGAUGCUGACUACUAUCGCUACGACGACGGAUCGUCAAUCAAGUCUGGUGGCUUGACGAGCGACGGUUAUGGAGGCAACAUGAGGCGAAGGAGGAAGGGUGGAUGGAGCGAGGUUUUCAAGAUUGGAAGACCCAGUAGCAGUAGUGGAGGUGGAGGUGGAGGAAACUGCUGCUGA